UAUAAAUUAGUGAGGGAGCCUUUCCGCGGAGUUGCAUACUCUCUCUCUCUCUCUCUCUCUCUCUCUGUGCAAGCUGUUGCUGACAUUGCGGUUUCCAGAUCCCAAUCUCUGUGAAGCGUCCACGCUCAGGAAGUAAGGAAGGAAAAUCGACGGGUGCUUGAGUUCUUCCGGGUUUUGGGCGAGACUUGCAAGUUGAGACUGAAAGAAAUUCAUCAUGUUCAGGUCAUCGCCUCGUAGGAACCAGAGAUCCAAAGGAUUCAAGGUGAAGCAUGCUCUCCAGAUAUGCCUUUUGCUUGGUGUUAGUAUCUGGCUGCUUUACCAACUCAGAAACUCUCGAGAUAAGAAAGCAUCAUUUGGCGAGGGUAAUAAAUCUGUGAGUGAAAUUGCAAAGCUGGGGAGAAAGGACCUCCAACCUCAAGUGGAAGAGCCCACCAUUAGAGAUGCAAGGCACAAGGAAGAGGAAAAUGAAGAAGAAAGCAAGAAUGAAGAAGAACAAAACAAGUUUGAAGAAAGUGAUGAUGUCGUAAAAGGUCAUGGGGACGGUGAGAUAGAUGUACAUGAUAAGGAUAAAGUCGAAGAGGAAACUGAGCAUCGGUGGGAUUCAGUGGAUGGAGAAAAAGAGAAGGAAAAUGAAGAUAAUGAGAGUGCAGAGAGCAAAGAGAAGAGUGGAGAAGAGAAGGAGAAUGAAGAGAACACGGAGAAGGGAAGAGAAGGGAAAGAGUCUGAAGAGAGCAAUGAGCAGAGUGAAGAGAAGGAGAAUGAGGAAAGCAAUGAAAAGGAAAGAGAAGUGAAGGCUUUUGAAGAGAACAAAGAGAACGAAGGUGAAAACAAGGGGUUUGAAGAGAGUAAAGAGAAGGAAAGCAAAGAGAAUGAAAAUGAAGAGAGCAAAGAGAAGCAAACUGAAGAUAAGGAAAAUGAAGAGAGCAAAGAUAAGGAGAAUGAAGAGAUUAAGGAAAAUAGAAGCAAGGAGGAUCAAGGUGCAGAGAAAAGGGAAGGGAGCAACGAAAUCCAUAGUAGAGAGGAGGCAGCAGAGAAAGAUGGUAAGAUAGAGGAGCGGGGUACAUCUGAAGAUCUGGUUCAAGAUGGAAGUGACAGGAAUAAUAAAGCAAGAGAAGAACAGUACAAAGGGGAUGAUGCUGCUAGCACGGUAGUACAUAAUCAAAAUAUAACAGCCGGAAGUGAGCUAGGCAAUUGGGAAAAUUCAAAGGAUGCAGAACAGGUUGAAAACAGAGGAAAUAAUGAUUUUGAGCAGGAAAGCAAAACAAAUAGCACCGAAGCAGUUGAUGCCAACCACAAUGACUCUGAGAAGAGUGUAAGAGAAACUGAAAAUUUUGAUAAUCGUGACUCCACAAAUGCUACUAGGAGUGAAGAUGGUGGUAGUGAGAGUAGUCAGCCAGAGCUGCAGAAUGGCACCCAUGCUAACACCACCCUGCAAAAUGUUAUCCCACAAGAAACUGAAAAAUCUGAACCAGCUGCCAACAAUGAGCAACAAAAUUCAAGCGAAACACCUUACACAAGAAUGGAGAAUGGUGACGUACAAACCGAGUCCAACAGAUCUUCAGUAAUGGAUGGAAACAAUGAUGUAAUUCUAAACACUGUUAACAGUGCUGAUGCAGGCCAGAAUGAGAAUGACAACGCUGAUCAGAGCAACACAAAUAACAACACAGAUGCAGGCCAAAAAGAACCAGUUGAUUCUCAGGAAGAGAAAGAGGCAUCCUCAAACACAUAUAGCGAUAGCAAUGCCAGCCAAAAUGAUCAAGUUGAUUCAUCCAUCUCUCAAGAGGAGAAAGAGGCUCGUACUGAUUUGGAAACUUUGCCGGAGACCACAACUCAAGGGCAUAACAACGAUGACACAGCUGCGGAGUGACAUUUCUAUGAAAUUUUCGUCGUUGCAACCUUUCCACGUUCAUUUACAUCUCUCUCUCACUCGUCCUUUCUACUUGAGGCCAUCAAACCUGUUGUGCUUUGCUUGUUGUGCUCAAUGUCUAAGAAAAUACCAUCUGAGUUUUGUGAAACAAUUAAAGAAGAUUUAGGUUUCAAUACAGAUUAACUUGUUUGAUAUUCCGAAUAAUCCUAUAAUUCAGGAUGUUUCAAUGGGAUGAAUUUAUUGCUGGCUUUA